AUGGUUAACGGCUUCAAACCGAGACGAUCUAAUAGACUGAAACAUUUGCCGAAAGUUUAUUACUGCGAGAACAAGACGGCGGAUGGAAAACGAAAAAGAGGAGAAUUAGACGAAGAAGAGGAAUAUACGCCGUCCCGGGAAGGCACGCCGGAGAAUGAGAGGACUAAAACACGCGCGCGCCAGAAUGAGAGGACUCCAUCACGGAGAGUAAGACGCAAGACCGCCAUUACCAAGGAUGCUCGACAGCGAGCGGUCGACGCGUCUCAGAAUGAGGGUGCCUGCAUAAUAUCAGGCAUGAAGGACAAAUCCGUUCAGCAAUGCCAUGUGCUGCCACGGGCCACAAAGGCGGAUGUGCUCACGGCUCUAGAGUGGUGGUGGGACAUUGAAGAGCUCAGCGUGGAUUCACGCCACAACCAGGUCUUCCGUGCGUCUUCUUUCCAGGAGGCAUGCCGAUACGCGUGGGCUUACUUGCAUACAGUCCGUGCCGAUCUCCAUGCAUUGUGGGACCGUGGAUACAUUUCGAUCAUGCCAAUGCCUGACGUGACGAAGGAAUAUCUGGCCAAGUGGCAGGAUGGUGGCAGGCACAACGUUCUGGAGGAUAGCGAUGAAAACAAGAUCCACGAGUACUGUGUGAUCUCUCACCCACACCUUGACAACUAUGCGAUCCGCGAAGGGUUCACCUACGGAUUCGAGAAGGUUGGGAUCAUUCGGUCCCAUGCGAAGCCGCACUUCAUGGCCUUGAACGCGGCCAUGAAGCUCAAAGAGGACAAAGACCUAUGGGUGGAGGCACUAACGGCGUUCUGCAAGAGAAUUGAGCUCGAAGUCGACGCAUCCAGCUUCGCGGAGGAUGUCCUGAGCUUGUCUGACGUGUGGACUGCGCCUCCACCCGGGGACGCAGAGUUUCUGAUGAAGGAGGAAAAGGAGCAGGCGGCGGAGGAAGCGCGUAGUCUUCCACCAACGGUACCUACAGGCGAGGCAAUGACCCCUAAACGUCUUAAAGCUCUUAUGGGUCCAGAAGCUUUGAGUCAGGACAAACGCUCCAAAUUGAAGGCCGAAAAGCCCGAUGGCGAAUCAUGCGGUAGCAAUCUCAAGUUGUAUGCCGCCUAUUUGGCGCCUACUGGAUCACGGUGCCUGUUGAGUCUUCAGGACGCCAAGUCAGUCCAAGGGUGUCACGUUGUGCCGCGAAGGACCGACGACGAUACGUGUACGACAGUGGCGGCGUGGUGGGGGCUUGAGGAAUUCGACGUCGACUCCCCUUUCAAUAUCUUCUUAUUGAGAGCGGAUAUCCACAGCUUGUGGGACAAAGGGCAUCUCAUGUUCGUGCCUGAACCUCAUAUUGUUGAAGAUUAUUUCGCACGAUCUAUUGUCCCCAUAGGUGAAGCCUCGUCUCUAGCCGAGCUAUUUGAAGCGCCCGGUGUCCCCGUCUACAGAUAUUGUGUCGUUGCCCAUCGCGACCUUCCCGAGACAGAGGAGAACGCUGCAUUUCCGAGGGAUAUCAAGAUCUUAGGCUAUGUGGAAUCGCCAGUCCCUCCCCACUUCGUUAUAUACAAUGCGGGGCUGAUGCUGUCGAAGAGUGGACCAGAUGGGUUCGAAAUGGCUCUAGAUGCCUUCUACAAGCGCCACGGACUCGACUUUGAAGCAAUCGACAUUCUCCGUGAUAUGCUGGCUCUCUUCCAACGAUAUACAACAGACAUGCCUGACCGCCAAAAUGAGCAUCCCGCUACCCAGCGUGCCCCUUUGCUCUAG